AUGGCGGCGCAACGAAGUCUUCGAGUCUGCAAGACCAAACCUCGGGUUUUCAUUGUCUCUGAUAUCUCAAAUGAGCCCGACGACGCCGAAUCUCUCGUUCGAUAUUUACUUUACUCGAACGAAUUUGACACCAGAGGCCUGGUCGCAUGUACUUCCACAUGGAUGAGGACUAAUGUCCACCCAGAAGACAUGCAAACCAUUGUCAAGGCUUACGGGCAAGUCGUCCACAAUCUAAACGCUCACGUACAUCCAGAGAACCAGUACGCGGCCGCUGAUUAUUUCCUUUCAAUCAUCAAGACGGGGCCCUCUUUGUAUGGGAAAGAGGCCUUGAAAGACGACGUCCCGUUGAGCGACGGAGCGGCAUUGCUGAUCCAACAAGUGGAUCAAUCAACACAUCCAUUGUGGGUUCUUUGCUGGGGCGGUAUUAAUUUGCUCGCCCAAGCGUUAUAUCAUGUACAGAAAGAAAAGUCGGUAGCGGACUUUGGUCAUUUCCGUUCGAAACUGCGGGUUUACACCAUCUCCGACCAGGACGACACUGGCAUCUGGAUCAGAAUUAAUUUCCCUGAUAUCUUCUACAUCUGCUCUGUGCAUGGGUGGAAUGAAUAUGGAAAAGCCACCUGGACCGGAAUCUCCGGAGAUAUAUUGCACGAUCUCGACCGGGGCGGACCCGACAAAAGGAAAAUCACAAAGGAGUGGCUGAGAGAGCACAUCCAAAUUGGGCCUUUGGGCAAAGUGUACCCCAGCUACGCUUUCAUAAUGGAAGGUGAUACACCCACGUUUCUAUACCUCAUUCAGAAUGGCCUUGGACAUCCUGAGCACCCCGAAUGGGGUAGUUGGGGCGGAAGAUACACUCGCGUGGAUUUAGGUGGGUUGGCGAAUCAUUACCACGAUGCAAUUGACGAAGUCAUUGGGGUGAAUGGCCAAAAGUUCCGCAGCAACCAGGCUACCAUCUGGCGAUGGCGAGACCAGUACCAAAACGACUUCGCUGCACGGAUGCAAUGGACCCUGACUGAUGCUCGCAGUAAAGCGAACCAUGCUCCUGUGGCCAUCGUUAAUACCAGCACGCCCGGUCCAGAGCCACUGCUCUUGGAGGUCGAGGCCGGUACGAAGGUGACUCUCGACGCGUCGCAAAGCUAUGAUCCAGACGGCGACUCACUCACGUUCAAGUGGUUUCAGUACAGGGAACCAACUUCUUCACAGUCGCCGAUUCACUGGCUGGUUCCAGACAUUGAGUUGCUGCCAGUAGGUGAAGACCAAAAAGUCGUCACGAUCACCCUCCCUUCGCCGGAGACAUCUGGCGUCAAUAUUGUCACCGGGAAAGCGUUGGAGAAGGGCAUGGUGCUUCAUUUUAUUCUGCAGGUCACUGACGAUGGUACCCCGAGCCUGACAGCUUACAAGCGUGUUGUUGUGCAGAUCACAAACAAGAGGCUCAUCGGCGGCCGAGAAUAUGUUUUUGAAACAGUGACUGCUGCGUUAGGGAAGGACUAG